AUGCACCGCUGGAUUUCACGAUCAGUGGCAGGUGCGCCUGUAUUUUAUACCCUAAAGCAGUCGCAAUGCACAACAAUACGACAAGCUUCGCUCAAUUCUGCGAUCGGUCGUGGCAUUCGACGAUCUCAACCUCGACCAUCGGCCCAGAAAGACUUGGAGAAUACUGACCGUCGCUCAAGGCCACGUCGCGAGGACGCGCAACCCCCUUUCUCGAAAUCCAAUUCAGAUCGCGAACCCAGACAAUACAGAAAACCUAGGGAAGAUCGAUACAAGUCCGACAGCCACUUUGAUCAGAAUGAGUUCAUACGGAGCGGCAAUUUCAGAGCUCUUCCCCGUGAACACCAAUCUCGAUGGGAAUCUAGCCCCCGUGAAGACAAACCUCGAUGGCAAUCUAGUCCCCGUGAAGACAAGCCUCGAUGGGAAUCUAAUCCCCGCGAGGAUAAACCUCGAUGGCAAUCUAGUCCCCGUGAAGACAAGCCUCGAUGGGAAUCUAAUCCCCGCGAGGACAAACCUCGAUGGCAAUCUAGUCCCCGUGAAGACAAGCCUCGAUGGGAAUCUAAUCCCCGCGAGGACAACCCUCGAUGGCAAUCUAGUAGACCUAGAGACGAAAAUUGGAGUAGCAAGCCGACCUACGAUAAACCGAAAUCGCCUAACUCAAGAUCUCGAGCACAUCGGAUUACAGAAACUAUGCCAGAGCGCGUGAAGGGCAAUGUCAAGGUUCCAGACUCCAUUCCCUAUACAACCCCUGCCUCGGAGUUCAUUUACGGCACAAGUGCAGUAGAAGCUGCACUUCGGUGUAGUCGGCGACAGAUCUAUAAGCUUUAUGUCUACCAGGGGGCGGGAGAGGAGCUAAGUCCAGCCAAAAUGGCUCUCCGUAAGCUGGCCCUGACCAAGAACAUUGCGAUCAAACUAGCUUUCGCUGGAUGGGAUAGACUCAUGGACAAAAUGAGUGCCGGCCGACCGCACAAUGGAUGCAUCUUGGAGGCCUCGCCUUUGCCCAAGUUGCCUGUGCGCGCCUUGAACCCAGUCCAGGCGGCGACCGAUGAGCAUUUCAGCGUGGAAUUGGCACCGCAAACGCGAGAAGAGGCGGCCGUCAACGGUACAAAUAACCAGCUUGCAGUAAUUCAGGCUCCUGUAUCAUCAGGGGGAGAAAAGGCUUCACGUUUCCCUGUGGCACUGCUUCUGGAUGGAAUUGUCGACACUGGUAACAUGGGUGCCAUAAUAAGGUCCGCCUACUAUCUUGGAAUCGACGCGAUUAUUCUUGCCGGCCGCAACUCCGCGCCACUGUCACCCAUUACAAUCAAAGCAUCUGCUGGUGCGGCUGAAAACAUGACUCUUCUUCAUGUCAGGAAUGAAGUCGACUUUAUUCAACGAUCACAAGCCAACGGAUGGAAAUUUUACGCGGCCGAUGCGCCGGGCCCGGGAGCUACAUCCCUUAGCCGUGCAGAGCCUGGUGAUGAAUCCAAUAGCGGCAGCCUUCUGGCUACGCAAGCUCCCAGCGUACUCAUGAUGGGCAGUGAAGGCUCUGGACUCAGUGCGCAUAUUAAGUCGCAUGCUGAUGCGAUCGUCAGCAUCGCCGGUGCCCGUCAUGGCAAUGAGCUUGGCGUCCAGUCUGAUCCAGCCCGAAUCGAUAGCUUGAAUGUCAGCGUGGCUUCUGCCUUGUUGAUGGAGAUGUUCUUGCGUACGCCUCUUUUAGUUUCAGAACCAACGAAAAGGGCCGCCAAGCAGAACUCGAAGAUGUGGUGA